ACUCCAGUGAUCAUGCAUAGAUUCCUUGUAAAGCUUUCUUCUUCUUCUUCUAAUCCAUUGAGAAACUCCAAGAGUCAGCGUUUGAUUUUCCCUCUUUUGCCUUCAUCAACUACGUCAGAUACGUUGACCGCGUCUGGGUCUCCUCCAAGGACUUCGAGCCCUACCAAUCGAUUCCUUCCUCCACUUGGGUAUCCUUAUCCCGUCGAUUCGUUUCGAAAUUCGCCAGCUUUAAGCUCAAAUUCAAGGACUUUAGGAGGGAAUGGGAGUAGAUGUAUCAGCAGUGAAUCCGGAAGAGAGUCGAUAGAGUACGAUGUUCUGAUUGUCGGAGCUGGACCGGCCGGUUUAUCUGCUGCUAUACGAUUGAAACAACUGUGCCAGGAGAAGAACACCGAUCUGUCAGUGUGCGUCGUUGAGAAAGGAGCAGAAGUAGGAGCACACAUAAUUUCUGGAAAUGUCUUUCAACCUGUGGCACUAGAUGAACUUCUACCAAAUUGGAGACAAGAACAGUCACCCAUUGAGAUCCCUGCUUCUUCCGAUAAAUUCUGGUUUCUGACGAAAAACCGUGCAAUUUCACUUCCUUCUCCGUUUGAUAACAAGGGAAACUACGUUAUUAGCUUGAGCCAACUGGUGCGUUGGCUAGGAGGAAAAGCUGAGGAGCUUGGAAUAGAGAUAUAUCCUGGCUUUUCUGCUAGUGAGGUGUUGUACGAUGCAAGCGAUAAAGUUGUUGGGAUCGCAACCAAAGAUAUGGGAAUAUCCAAAGAUGGUUCCAAGAAGGAGAAUUUCCAGCCAGGCGUAGACAUCAAAGGACGAGUGACACUAUUUGCAGAAGGAUGCAGAGGAUCAUUGUCUGAGAAAGUAAUCAGAAAGUAUAAACUAAGAGAAGAGGUUAAUGCACAGCAUCAAACAUAUGCUUUGGGAAUUAAGGAGGUUUGGGAGAUAGAUGAAAGCAAGCAUAACCCCGGAGAAGUUGUUCACACUUUGGGUUGGCCCUUGGAUCACAAGACAUAUGGAGGUUCUUUCUUGUACCACAUGAACGAUAGACAGGUUGCGCUUGGCUUAGUUGUUGCCUUGAAUUACCAAAACCCUUUCUUGAAUCCAUAUGAGGAAUUUCAGAAACUCAAACACCAUCCUGCCAUUAAACGCAUCUUGGAAGGUGGUACUGUGCUUCAGUAUGGAGCUCGUACUUUAAAUGAAGGUGGUUUUCAGUCCAUUCCCUAUCCAGUUUUUCCUGGAGGAGCAAUAAUUGGAUGUUCAGCUGGUUUUCUCAAUGUACCCAAGAUUAAGGGAACACAUACCGCAAUGAAAUCAGGAAUGUUAGCAGCAGAGGCUGCAUUUGGUGCGCUUCAUGAAGAUUUAAACAUGAACACAUACUGGGAUAACCUGAAGGAUUCAUGGGUCUGGAAGGAGCUCUACGCAGCUCGAAAUUACCGUCCGGCAUUCGAGCAUGGGCUACUCCCUGGCUUGGCUGUAAGUGCUAUGGAACACUAUGUACUUAAAGGAAAGGUCCCUUUCACUCUCAAGCACGGGAAAGCAGACCACGAAGCAACAGAUCUUGCUCGGAAAUGCAAGCCAAUUGAGUAUCCAAAGCCAGAUGGUGUUUUGUCGUUCGAUGUGCCAACUUCUUUAUACAGGAGUAAUACCAAUCAUAAUCAUGAUCAACCAGCUCAUUUACGUUUGAGGGAUUCCAAGGUUCCAGAAAAUGUAAACUUGCCAGAGUAUGCUGCACCAGAGUCACGUUACUGCCCAGCCCGUGUAUACGAAUACGUGGAAGAUGAAGAGGGGAAGCCGAAACUGCAGAUCAACGCUCAAAACUGUUUGCACUGCAAGGCAUGUGACAUCAAAGAUCCAAAGCAGAACAUAGAGUGGACAGUGCCUGAAGGCGGUGGAGGCCCUGCUUAUUCCCACAUGUAG